AUGGCCGGAGUCAAAGAGGAAGUAAUUACUUUAAGACAUGCCAAUAAAGAACUUCAAGAACGAGUCGAAAGAUUGCAGAGUCACAGAUUUGAUAUGGUUGAAGAACUUGUGUAUCAACGCUGGAUCCGCAAUUGCUUAAGGCUUGAAAUUCAAAAUCAAGAAAAGCAAUUGGUAAAGACCUCAAAAUGUGAUUCCAGAAAGGAUUCAAGCAAAAAAUCUCAGGAGAAAACUAAACCUGUAAUGUCUGAUCCUGGAUUUGGCAGCAUUUUUUCCAGCUCCUCAACUGAAAGUGAUGAAAUGGUCAGUACCACAAUUGAUAGCUCUUCAAGUAGCCAAAGAAGCUGUGCUAAGAGACUCGGUGUAAUUCAAAACAUCAAGAGGUGGGGAAGAAGCAAGGAUGAUUCAAGCACAGUUCUAUCGCAUCCCCAGGCUUGGUCCUCCAGAGGGAAUUCUUUGAGCUCUGGCCUAUUUCGCAGGUUUUCUUUGUCAAUAAUUCCAUCAAAUACACCAAUGCGAAAGACAAAAGGUAUCACACCAGUCAGCAGCUUAUCUGAGAAAAUAGAAGUGCAUGACUCAAAUAAAUCACUCGAGAGACCAACUUUUCAGCGUGCAAGGAGAGUUUCAUUUAAUGAUUCUGUUAAAUCAGUGGAAUCAACAUAUCGAAGUACACCAAAAUCAGUUGAAGGAAUGUUAGAUGAAAAGGAAAUUAGUGCUGCAAGGUUUGGCCACAGCUCAAAUAUGAACUCAGGCCCCAUUUGUAGCAAUAAAAUUGAGGGGGUGAAACAUGAGCCUUCAUCAGCAACCCUUACAAUUGUCAAGGAUGGCCAUUCAAGUGGUGCAACUGAAGAACUUAAUAACAAUGAUAGCAUCAAUUUGCACGUAGGAAGGACUGAAAUUGUUCCUGGAGACAAGCUGCGUUCAAUGAUGUCCGAAGUGCUUCCUCUUGAUAACCGAGAUAGGAGCCAUGCACUAGUAAAUAUUGUUGCUGCUCUCUUCUUUAUCUUUGUGCUAUUUCGAUUAUCUUUCUGCUAG